UAUAAAUCAAUUUUAGUUUAUGUUAAGUUUAUCUAUAAUGAUAAAGUCUUGCAUAUGCUUGUUAUACGUUGUACUGCUAAAUAUAAUUCUAAGUGUAAUGCCCUUUUCUUCAGAAAUUCCUCAAAUCAAAACCAUCUCAAUAUUCUUUCAAUCCCAACUCCUUCAACUCCUAAUAUUUCAUCUAGUGUAGAACCAGCUGUUUUGGCCUUUAGUAGUACUGUUGCCGAUGCUGCAAAUACUGCUUCAAAUACUGCCAGGGAUAUUGCUACUGUAGCCUAG